ACGACGACUGGUGAUGUCGACUCGACCGAGACGACGGAGACGGUAACGACCGAGGAGGUGAGCAAGGUGACCAGCGAGGACGUGAGCGGCGACGUGACCCGCAGCGUGACUGAGCGCGGCGGCUACGCCGUGGCGUCCGGCUGGACGAGCGGCACGGGCGCGACCCAGCAGGCUACGGAGACCACCGAGACGACGGAGGAGACGACCACCACCGAGACGACGGAGGAGACGACCGUGACGUCCGAGGAGGUGUCUCGCGACAGCAGCAAGGUGGCCGGUCUGGCCGCGGGCGCCAUCGGCGCCGCUGGUGUCAUCGGUUCGGCUGUGAGCGCCACGCGCUCCAAGACGACGACUGGUGAUGUCGACUCGACCGAGACGACGGAGACGGUAACGACCGAGGAGGUGAGCAAGGUGACCAGCGAGGACGUGAGCGGCGACGAGACGGGGAUGGUGACUAAACAGGCUCAUGGAGUGUCGGGGACGGUUGAAUCCGAGAAGACUCUCAUUGUUCUGGGCUUGAGUGGUACCAGCAAGGGUGGGUCGAAGAUUCGGAGGGCGAAGGAUGCAUCGCUCGGGUGGUCAUGGCUGUCGCAGUUUGUGAGUUUCUGCGCAAAACGGGGUAAGAGCGUGUCAACCAUUGCGCCGGAAGAAGUGCGUGAGUUGGCUCGUGCCUUCUGCGCGAAGAAUUUCUCGUCGUUCAGUGAAAACCUGUACGAGAGCGGCUCUUUGGAUGAAAAGCGGGCAGCUUGGAAUGUGUCGUAUGCCUUGUCAGCUCAAUUCCCGGAGCUCGCAGUCCUCGAGUUUGGGGUUGAAUUCGGGCAGCACAAACGUGUCUUGGCUAUUAGUGAGGUGUCCGACGACGACAAAAAGAAGACCGAGGCAGCAUCGGCGGAAGUCGUGACCUCCCUGCUGAAGGAGUCACCGCAACUAUCGAGAGGCUGCGAGAACGUGCUGAUAUCGGAAGGAGGCGAAACUGUAUUCUACGGCACAGCAAGCUCUCUCAGGGCAUUUUUCCAGGAGUUCGGGUUCAAUCAACCCGAUGACUUUGACGUGGCCCAGAUCUUGCUGGGGCUGAGUUCCAACAACAACGCGCAGUAUCAUGUUACUGUUAUCGACGGUGCCAACCAAGAAAAGAAUAACCAGCACAUCCAGCGCCUGUCAUCUUUUGUGAGCUUCGCCGACGACAGCGUUCUCUUCACAGACAAAACGAACCUGACUCAGGAAAUCAAGAAACCAAUCUACGAAGACAACCAGCACGACAACGAUACAAGUGCCGCAACCUCUAUUCCUUUGGUCGUUGCAGCAACAACUUCUGUGGACGCUGCUGCUGCUGCUACCGCUGCUACCGCCACGGCCACCGCGGCGAUGAGCAGCCUGUACGCCCGCUACGCCCGCGAGGGCAGCAGCGUCGAGUCGAUGACGUUCUCUGCCGAUAUCGAUGCGGCUGCGCAGGAGAUCCAGCGCGUGUGCACGGGCGCGGCUUCGGACGAGGCUGCCCUGGCAUCGCUGCUGCUGUCGAAGACUGCAGAGCAGCGCUACCUGAUCUGGUGGCGCUACCGCAUCCUGUACAAGCAGAGCCUGACGGUGUGGGUGAAGAGCACGAGCGACUACGGCCUUCUGCUGAAGAUGCUGGCGAGCCCUCUGGAGCACGUGGAGGCCGAGAUCCUGCGCAAGGCGACGAAGGGCCUGGGCACGACCGAGGAGUGGAUCUACCCGGUCGUGAUGGCGCGCUCGAACGCCGAGAUCGCGCUGCUGAAGAAGACGUUCCAGGAGAAGUACGGCGAGGACCUGGUGAAGGUGCUGAGCGGCGAGCUUAGCGGCGACUUGAAGAAGGUGAUCCUGACCGCCAUGCGCGGUGAGGUGGCCGAGUUCAACGCGUCGAUCCACACGAGCGCGAAGGCUGCUGCGGACGCGGACGCCCUGUACAAGGCGGGGGAGGGCCGCAUGGGCACGGAUGAGACGACGUUCAUCAACAUCCUGGUGCUGAGCCCUGCUGAGCACGUGCGCAACAUCAACAGUGCGUACGUGGCGAAGUACAAGACGGACCUGGCGGGCGCGAUCACGGCGGAAUUCUCUGGCGACGCCAAGCGCGCUCUGCUGUUCCUGGUGCGCUCGGUGCUGGAGCCGGUGGAGCUGCUUGCGGAGCUGUUCGAUACGACGCUGAAGAGUGCGAGCAAGAACGCGUACGGUUUGAGUGCGUGGGUGGUGCGGUACUACCGCCUGCUGGUGCGCAUUCGCAUCGUGUACAUGCGUCUGUACCGCCAGGAGCUGCGCACGCGCAUCCAGAGCGUGGUGAGUGGCGAGUACUGCCAGCUGCUUCUGUCGGUGUUUGAUGCGGCCGAGGUGGAGUUCGGUGCGUCGGCGUCGGCGUCUGGCUCGGUGGUUGCUGCUGGUGGUGGUACUGCGAGCACGUCGAGCGGGUCUGCUGUUCGUGGUGCCGCUGCUGCUGUGGGCGGUGCUGCUGCUGCUACCGCUGCUGUCGGUGCGGCCAUUGGCGCUAGCGCGUCGGUGGAGGAGAAGGCGAGGAUCUCGUCGAGCGCUGCAGUGAGCGCCACCGGCAGCAAGACGGCGAGCGUCUUGGAUUCUGCUUCUACGGUGACUGCGUCGAUGUCUGGCGUGAGCGAAGAGGAGAGCUCUGUUGCUCUGACGGAGACCGCCACGGCCACCGCGGCGAUGAGCAGCCUGUACGCCCGCUACGCCCGCGAGGGCAGCAGCGUCGAGUCGAUGACGUUCUCUGCCGAUAUCGAUGCGGCUGCGCAGGAGAUCCAGCGCGUGUGCACGGGCGCGGCUUCGGACGAGGCUGCCCUGGCAUCGCUGCUGCUGUCGAAGACUGCAGAGCAGCGCUACCUGAUCUGGUGGCGCUACCGCAUCCUGUACAAGCAGAGCCUGACGGUGUGGGUGAAGAGCACGAGCGACUACGGCCUUCUGCUGAAGAUGCUGGCGAGCCCUCUGGAGCACGUGGAGGCCGAGAUCCUGCGCAAGGCGACGAAGGGCCUGGGCACGACCGAGGAGUGGAUCUACCCGGUCGUGAUGGCGCGCUCGAACGCCGAGAUCGCGCUGCUGAAGAAGACGUUCCAGGAGAAGUACGGCGAGGACCUGGUGAAGGUGCUGAGCGGCGAGCUUAGCGGCGACUUGAAGAAGGUGAUCCUGACCGCCAUGCGCGGUGAGGUGGCCGAGUUCAACGCGUCGAUCCACACGAGCGCGAAGGCUGCUGCGGACGCGGACGCCCUGUACAAGGCGGGGGAGGGCCGCAUGGGCACGGAUGAGACGACGUUCAUCAACAUCCUGGUGCUGAGCCCUGCUGAGCACCACCUGAAGGACGUCGACGCCGCGUACUCGAAGAAGUACAAGAAGACGAGCAUCGUCAAGGCCAUCAAGGGCGAGUUCAAGGGCGACGCCCAGGCGGCGCUGCUCUUCCACGUGCGCAUGGUGUUCGAGCCGUUCGAGCUUUUGGCCAGUCUCUUCGAGAGCACGAUGAAGGGCCUGGGCACGGACGAGUACGGCCUCAGCGCGGCGGUGGUGCGCUACCACGUGCUGCUACCCGAGGUCAAGACGGCGUACAAGAAGCUGUACGGCAAGGAGCUCAGCCAGCGCAUCCGAGGCGACACGAGCGGCGAGUACCGCGACCUGCUGCUGCCCAUCGUGGACGGCCAGUAAUCCGUGAUCGCUCGGAGACGGCCGUGCAGUGACUUUUAGCGUUGUAGUCUGCAUUCCUUCUCAUUCAUAAUACGUUGCAUUGCAUUGAAUC